AUGGUUUUUGAGCAGCGUAAAAGCAAUCACAAAUCCAUUAAUGACUAUGAACCUCAGUGGCAACUUAUUGAAUUAGAUCUGAAUGGGCACUGUAAGGGGGAAAGUCUUGACUUGAUUCGAUAUAAUGAUCAAAACAUCGAAGGGCCUUCACUUUUUCCUAAUGGUCCAACCCAAGGGGAGUUCGGAGAGAAGUUGCUGUCAGUAACUGGCUCCUUCCACAAAGCUGUGACUACUUCAUUAAAAGAAAACCGAAUAGAUGAAGCUAGUGCUGCUUUUGAUGAGAUUGACAGUGCUCUAUCGAACUUCGAUGAUGGGCUAUUUUUUCUUGGCCAGCUCAGUUUGGUGAGAAACUAUGCAAUAUUGAUUUUGUAAAAAUCAUGGGUUAAAUAUGCCCGGUCAAUGGAUUUUGACCAAAUAAUAAAUGUGACGAGACAUUUAAUUUGUGAAA